UGUUGUUGGGUGAAAAAUAAUAAGGAAAUCCUUAAGCCCUUUAACGGGCUGUGUUAUAAAACAUCGCUCUUGUUUGGAUCUAAUCACCCCCCUUCCGUUCCGAUCCACUCCACCUCUCCAAUGGCCUCCACCGCCAACAAAUCCACCGCCCGGGUCUUCUGUAAAGCGAUGAUCUUGCUUCAACUCCCCCUCCUUGCCACUAUCUUCAUCCUUCUAAAAUCCAAACCCGCCACCAGCUGCUACAAUUCCAUCAUCAGCUUCGGGGAUUCCAUCGCCGACACCGGGAACUAUCUCGUUGCCUUGGGCGAGAAGGCAGGUCCAGUUGCCCAUCCUCCAUAUGGCAAUACUUACUUCCGCCGCCCCACUGGCCGUUUCUCCGAUGGGCGAGUAAUCAUUGACUUCAUUGCUCAGGCCAUGGGGAUGCCGCCCGUGCCGCCGUAUCUUGCGAGAACCAGCAAUCAGGAUCUCCGGAAUGGGGUAAAUUUCGCGGUGGCCGGGGUUACGGCCCUCGACGGCGAAUUCUUUAAGGCCAAAGGGAUGGCUCUCACAUGGCCCCAGUACUCGUUGGGUACGCAGAUCCAGUGGUUUAAGGAAUUGCUGCCUUCUUUCUGCUCCUACAAAUCAGACUGUGAAAGCUUCUUAAGCAAGUCCCUUGUCCUCAUGGGAGAGAUUGGAGGGAAUGACUACAACCAACCAUUCGCCCAGUUCAGAACCUUAGACGAGAUACGAACCUAUGUUCCCAGCGUCAUCAACAUCACUGGUUGGGCUAUCAAUAGCUUGAUCGAGCUCGGGGCCAAAACAUUGGUAGUACCGGGAAUAUUCCCGCUUGGAUGCGUCUCGGCGUAUCUUACGAUCCACCAGAGCCAAAGAAAAGAAGACUACGACCCACAGACAGGUUGUAUCAAGCGGUUGAACGAGUUUUCGGAGUACCACAACAACCUCCUCAAGGCUGAGGUGGAUCGGCUCCGAGGUCUUCACCCCUAUACCACCAUCAUCUAUGCCGACUAUUACGAAGCCGCGAUGGAUAUCUACCGUCAUCCGCUCAAAUACGGAAUUGAUGCACCUCUAGCUGCAUGCUGUGGAGGUGGUGGUCGUUAUAAUUUCAACCUCGCUGUAAUGUGUGGAGCUCCUGGGGGUACGGUCUGCAGCGAUCCAUCAAAGCAUGUAUGUUGGGAUGGAAUGCACUUAACUGACGCGGUUUACAAGAUUAUUGCCCGUGGCUUGUUAGAAGGAUCAUAUGCCACUGCUCCAAUAGCUCAAGCUUGCCUUCAGCUGGAGCGAGGCGUCUCUCAACUCCAGCGUGUGGUUUAGCCGAAAGAAGAUAAUUGCGUUUCAACUGGACGGCAAUCGGAUCCUUGCCCGGCACGGAUUAUUGCCGAUUGUGUUGUUCCAUAUCAAGAAAACUACCUUCUUUUUGUAUUGUUUUCAUUCUCUAAUCUCUUUCUUACAAAAUAUUUUGUUGAUCCUGAUAUUUGUUAGCGAGGAACUCAAUUUUUGUUGUAGCUACUCGACACAAUCCAUGUCGUGCAAUCUAGUGUUGAUGCGUGCUAUUUUAAUUGGAGGUUGGACGGGAUUCUGUUUCUUGAA